UCAGUGUCCAUCAGUGCCAGCUCUCAGUGCUCAUCCAUGCCACCUGCCGGUGCCCAUCAGUGCCACAUCAGUGCCACAUUUCAGUGCCCAUCAAUGCCACAUAUCAGUGCCCAUCUGAGCUGCCUUUCAGUGUCACCCAUCAGUGUCAGUCAGUGCCACCUAUCAAUGCCAGUCAGUGCCACCUAUCAGUGCUGCCAAUCAUCAGUGCCGCCUAUCAGUGUGCAUCAGUGCCUCCUAUCAGUGCCCGUCAGUGCUGCCUAUCAGUGCCGCCUAUCAGUGCCAUAUAUGAGUGCUGCCUUUCAGUGCCCAUCAGUGAUG